GUGCCAUUCGACGAACGAACCCUUUUCGAAGACAUGGCUGACCACGACCACUCGCACGACCACGACCACGAGCAUGACCACGACCAUGACCACCACGAGGACGACUCGAUCACGAACAAGGCCGAGAAGAAGUCGCGCAAGGCCAUGCAGAAGCUCGGCAUGAAGCAGGUCCCGGGCAUCAUCCGCGCCACGAUCAAGAAGUCCAAGUCGACGCUCUUCGUCAUCUCCAAGCCGGAUGUGUUCAAGAGCUCGGCCUCGGAGACGUACGUCAUCUUUGGCGAAGCCAAGAUCGAGGACCUCAACGCCCAGGCCCAGCAGUUUGCCCAGCAGCAGCAGGCCGCCCCCAUCGCCGAGGCCAAGGUCGAGGCCGAGGCCGCCGUCGAGGAGGACGACGCCGAAGUCGAUGAGACCGGCGUCGACGCCAAGGACAUCCAGCUCGUCAUGUCGCAGUCGGGUGUCUCGCGCGCCAAGGCCGUCGCCGCCCUCAAGUCGAACGACAACGACAUUGUCAACGCCAUCAUGGAGCUCACCAUGUAAAUACGACGACGUUAUAAC